CACAGACCUCGCGGUUAUCGAACGCGCCACGCAUAUCAAACGAUCAUCUUCAACCUGGCACAUUUGUUCUGGUCAAGCGCGGCAUCUGCCUCGCCUCUCCCGCCGGCAAUGGCUUCCACCAACCAGCAUCCCGCUCCCGAACUCACCCCUCAAUUCUGCUUCUCGCCAAGCGCUCUACAAGACUUUCUUCGAUUAUCGCGGUCGGCCGUCGACGACUCCAUCAACCAGAACCUCAAUGCCCUCCUCACGCCGUCGCGGACUGCGUUCGACCCGUCCUCCACGGCGCAGCGCACACCGAAGAUGACAAAGGGCCUCGCAGUUAAAGAGUGCGACACAUUCUGCAAAUCCCAAUUGUUUCCAGCCUGGGAGUCGCGUUCACUUGCCCUGCGUUACUGCAAAGACCUCGCUCGUCGGCCGGAUACCGAGGAUCCAACCCUAGCAGCACGAGAACUCGAAGCGAAGCAAAAUGAAGAACGAGUGAUCAACGAAAGACUCGAUCCGUACUCUGCUCGAUUCACAGUCACAGAGGGUCGCACCGAUAAGCUGAAGAGAAUAGUCCACAUGGAGGAGGAGAUUGAGGACAUUGUGCGCCGGCGGACGUGGGAGGUCGUGCAGAGCCGUUGUGGAACAGACAUACCGCAGUGGAAGACGGCUGUUGACCAGUGGGAAACCGCGAAAAAGUCGAAAGACGCAUAG